AUGAGCCCUCCCGGGCUAUUGAGCGAAGACGGCCCUGGCUACAGUGGCGGCUAUGCAGACCCUACGGUGCCAAAGGUUAAUUGGAAGCAGUCCAAUGGGAAAAGCGCCGGGGGCAAUGGCGACGUUGAUGCAGGCAAUGGCAACAUUGACCCUAGCAAAUCGGGUGUUGGUGUCCAAGUGUGUUUUGCAGGAGGGCUUGAAGGUUGGAAAGCCGGCAUCAGCAAAAUAACUGAACGUUGUGAUCUGAGCAGUAUUGCAACAAACUCGACGAAAUACCAGCUUGCGGUAACCGGGUUCAGUGAUGGACCGGAUGACUACAAUGAGUACUCGGUUCCUUUUCCCUCAGAAGUACUUGUCGCGAUGGAAGAAAUGUGUCUUGCACGAGAUAUUAGUAUGAGGUCUGUGAUCCAGUUUGCAGUGCAUUAUGUGUUGAAAGGGUUCGGUGGUGGCUCACAUACUGUUGCUGCGUCGAUCGAUGUGGGUGACGACCCCAAUAACAUAGCGACAUCAUACACUAUUACACCCUCAAUUGUCUGCCAUGAGAGCAGACAAGGACAGACCGUGAUGCAGGAGAUUCAGAGUAUGGAAAAGUUAAACCAAUUGAGGAAGCAAGAAAUGCAUCCGGGGGAGGCUGGAUUAAGUCUCAUCAGAAUGGGGUUAUUCGACAUUCUGGUUAUCUUCGCAGAUGCAAACAAGUGUGAGGGUCUAAUUGCUGGCUUGCCUCUAGCAGUAAUGGUGUGCGAAGGAGGUGGAAGACUUCAGGUUAGAAUACACUUCUCAGGGUCCCUUUUUCGACAGAAGACGUUAGUGGAUAUCGCCGAAGCCCUGAACGUCUUGUUCGCUAAGGCUGCGUCGGGGGGAGCGACGCCGGUCCGAGAUCUUGAACUUCUUUCUGCAGAGCAAAAGCAGCAGUUAGAAGAGUGGAACAAGACGGAUGGAGAGUACCCUGAAUGCAAAAGACUCAAUCACCUUAUUGAGGAGGCGACACAGCUGCAUGAAGACAAAGUUGCCAUCGUGUACAAACGUCGCCAGCUUACAUACGGCGAAUUGAACGCGCAGGCCAACUGUUUCGCGCACUAUCUGCGGUCCAUCGGGAUCUUACCUGAGCAGCUGGUGGCUUUAUUUCUCGAGAAGAGCGAGAACCUUAUCGUGACUAUAUUGGGUAUCUGGAAGUCCGGCGCCGCAUAUGUGCCCAUUGACCCAACCUACCCUGAUGAACGAGUCCGCUUUGUGCUUGAAGACACUCAGGCAAAAGUCAUCAUUGCGAGCAACCACCUUGCAGAGAGACUUCAAAGCGAGGUCAUCAGCGACAGGGAGCUCUCCAUUAUUCGUCUAGAGCAUUGCUUGAGCGCCAUUGAUCAGCAGCCAUCGACAUUCCCGAGAGCCAAUUUGCGCGACCCAUCUCUGACCAGCAAGCAGCUUGCCUACGUUACCUAUACAUCGGGGACCACGGGUUUUCCGAAGGGCAUUCUCAAGCAACACACUAACGUGGUGAACAGCAUCACUGACCUUUCAGCUCGGUAUGGGGUGACAGGGGACCAUCAUGAAGCCAUCCUGCUCUUUUCAGCGUAUGUGUUUGAGCCCUUCGUGCGGCAGAUGCUCAUGGCACUAGUGAAUGGCCAUUUGCUCGCUAUGGUCGAUGAUGCUGAGAAGUAUGAUGCCGAAAAGUUGAUACCAUUCAUUCGUGAGCACAAGAUCACGUACCUCAACGGCACUGCCUCCGUCCUGCAGGAAUACGACUUCUCCUCUUGCCCAUCUCUAAAGCGUUUGAUCUUGGUCGGUGAGAACUUGACUGAAUCUCGGUAUCUGGCACUACGUAGACAUUUCAAGAAUUGCAUAUUGAACGAGUAUGGCUUCACAGAAUCAGCCUUUGUGACGGCGCUCAAUGUUUUCGAACCAGGCUCGGCGCGCAAUAACACGAGUCUUGGGAGGCCGGUGCGCAACGUCAAGUGUUAUAUCCUCAACAAGUCUCUCAAGCGAGUGCCUAUUGGUGCCACUGGUGAAUUACACAUUGGCGGGCUGGGUAUAUCCAAGGGCUACCUUAACCGUCCCGACCUUACGCCGCAACGCUUCAUUCCCAACCCAUUCCAAACGGACCAUGAGAAGGAGCUCGGAUUAAACCAGCUGAUGUACAAGACCGGGGAUCUCGCCCGUUGGCUUCCAAACGGUGAGAUCGAGUACCUCGGCCGCGCGGACUUCCAAAUCAAGCUGCGAGGGAUCCGUAUCGAGCCCGGCGAGAUAGAGUCCACUCUGGCGGGUUACCCUGGGGUACGAACCAGCCUAGUCGUCUCUAAAAGGUUGCGGCAUGGCGAAAAGGAGACUACCAACGAGCAUCUGGUAGGCUAUUAUGUGGGCGAUAAUACCUCUGUCUCUGAAACGGCUCUCUUGCAAUUUCUGGAGCUGAAGCUGCCCCGAUACAUGAUUCCGACACGACUUGUGCGCGUGUCUCAAAUCCCAGUGACUGUUAAUGGAAAGGCAGACCUCCGUGCCCUACCUUCUGUCGACCUUAUUCAACCCAAAGUGUCCUCUUGCGAGCUCACGGAUGAGGUGGAAAUAGCUUUGGGGAAGAUAUGGGCAGAUGUUCUCGGAGCCCAUCACCUGUCGAUAUCCCGUAAAGACAACUUCUUUCGUCUUGGAGGGCACAGCAUCACAUGCAUCCAGCUCAUCGCACGUAUUCGCCAGCAGCUUGGUGUAAUUAUUUCCAUUGAGGACGUUUUCUCAUCCCGGACACUGGAGCGUAUGGCUGAGCUUCUGCGAAGCAAAGAGUCCAACGGAACUCCGGAUGAGAGGGCUAGGCCUCAACUAAAAACCGUGGCGGGAGAAGUUGCAAAUGCUAAUGUCUAUCUUGCUAACAGUCUCCAGCAAGGCUUCGUUUAUCAGUUCCUGAAAAAUAUGGGCCGAUCAGAGGCUUAUGUGAUGCAAUCCGUGCUGCGAUACGAUGUCAAUAUCAAUCCUGAUCUAUUUAAAAAAGCCUGGAAGCAGGUACAACACAUGCUUCCAACACUGAGGCUCCGAUUUCAAUGGGGACAGGAUGUUUUGCAGGUGAUUGACGAGGACCAGCCGCUGAACUGGUGGUUCUUACACCUUGCCGACGAUUCAGCCCUGCCCGAGGAGCAGAAACUACUAGAGUUACAGCGCAGGGACCUGGCUGAGCCAUACGACCUAGCAGCCGGAAGCCUGUUCCGCAUUUAUCUGAUCGAGCAUAGCUCAACUCGGUUUUCGUGCUUGUUCAGCUGUCAUCACGCAAUCCUUGAUGGAUGGAGCCUGCCGCUUCUUUUCAGGAAGACUCAUGGAACUUAUCUGCAUCUCCUGCACGGACAUUCUCUCAGGACUCUGGAAGACCCUUACAGGCAGUCUCAGCAGUAUCUCCAAGAUCAUCGCGAAGAUCAUCUCAGGUACUGGGCUGGUAUCGUGAAUCAGAUUGAAGAGCGUUGUGACAUGAACGCUUUGCUGAACGAACGCAGUCGGUACAAGAUUCAACUGGCGGACUAUGACAAAGUGGAGGAUCAACAACAAUUAACUUUAACAGUCCCUGAUGCUUCCUGGCUAAGCAAAUUGCGCCAAACAUGCUCUGCGCAAGGCAUUACAUUGCACUCUAUUCUGCAGUUUGUUUGGCACGCGGUAUUGCAUGCUUACGGUGGCGGUACUCAUACUGUCACUGGCACUACUAUCUCAGGGAGGAACCUGCCUGUGAGUGGGAUCGAACGAUCUGUGGGUCUCUACAUAAAUACGCUCCCACUGGUAAUUAAUCAGUUGGCCUAUAAGAAUAAAACCGUCUUGGAGGCUAUCCGUGAUGUGCAGGCCAUUGUAAAUGGCAUGAACAGCCGGGGAAAUGUGGAACUUGGCCGUCUACAGAAAAACGAGCUGAAGCAUGGGUUAUUUGACUCGCUAUUUGUGCUGGAGAAUUAUCCAAUACUGGACAAGUCCGAGGAGAUGCGGCAGAAGAGUGAAUUGAAGUAUACCAUCGAAGGCAAUAUUGAAAAGCUCGACUAUCCCCUUGCUGUUAUCGCGCGCGAGGUCGACCUAACUGGGGGAUUCACCUUCACCAUCUGCUACGCUCGAGAGCUUUUCGAUGAGAUUGUUAUAUCUGAGUUGCUCCAAAUGGUCCGGGACACGCUCCUGCAAGUCGCGAAGCAUUUAGAUGACCCCGUCCGCAGCCUAGAGUAUCUGUCAUCAGCGCAAAUGGCUCAACUUGACGCAUGGAAUGCGACAGACGCGGAAUUCCCCGACACCACCCUACACGCGAUGUUCGAAAAAGAAGCGGCCCAGAAACCAGACAAGGUCGCGGUGGUCUAUGAGCAACGCAGCUUGACGUAUCGUCAGCUAAAUGAGCGGGCGAACCGUAUGGCGCACCAGCUCAAAUCUGAUAUCAGCCCAAAGCCGAACAGUAUCAUUGCUCUGGUAGUGGAUAAGAGUGAGCAUAUGAUAGCUACCAUUCUGGCUGUGUGGAAGACUGGCGGUGCCUAUGUACCGAUCGACCCUGAGUACCCCGACGACCGUAUCCGCUAUAUCCUAGAAGACACCAGCGCCAUUGCCGUGAUUUCAGACGCGUGUUACCUCUCACGAAUCCAAGAAUUAGCGGGAGAGAGUGUCCGUCUGUAUCGGUCUGACAUCUCUACUCAGACUGACGGUAACUGGAGUGUGUCGAAUCCUGCACCGUCCAGUACGAGCACGGAUCUUGCAUAUAUUAUCUACACUUCGGGAACAACUGGGAAGCCAAAGGGCGUCAUGGUGGAGCACCACGGAGUGGUAAAUCUGCAGAUAUCGCUGUCUAAAACCUUCGGGCUGCGCGAUACUGAUGACGAGGUAAUCCUCUCAUUCUCCAACUACGUCUUUGACCAUUUCGUGGAACAGAUGACGGAUGCCAUUCUCAACGGCCAAACAUUAGUUAUGCUCAACGAUGCAAUGCGCAGUGACAAAGAGCGCCUCUACCAAUAUAUCGAAACUAAUAGGGUAACAUACCUGUCUGGAACCCCAUCCGUUAUUUCCAUGUAUGAGUUCAGUCGAUUUAAAGACCACCUACGCCGUGUCGACUGCGUUGGAGAAGCUUUUAGCCAGCCCGUCUUUGAUCAAAUCCGUGACACUUUCCAAGGGCUGAUUAUCAACGGCUACGGUCCAACAGAGAUCUCCAUCACGACACACAAGCGGCUGUACCCUUUCCCUGAGCGGCGCACAGAUAAGAGCAUCGGCCAGCAGAUUGGCAACAGUACGAGCUACGUGCUGAAUGCAGACAUGAAACGCGUUCCAAUUGGGGCUGUAGGUGAGCUCUAUCUGGGUGGUGAAGGCGUCGCGCGAGGAUAUCAUAACCGACCGGAAGUGACUGCUGAGCGAUUUUUACGCAAUCCGUUCCAAACAGACAGUGAACGGCAAAAUGGGCGCAACAGCCGCUUGUACAGGACCGGUGACUUGGUACGCUGGAUCCCAGGCAGUAACGGUGAAAUUGAAUAUUUGGGACGCAAUGACUUCCAGGUCAAGAUUCGCGGGCUCCGUAUCGAAUUGGGGGAGAUUGAGGCUGUCAUGUCCUCACAUCCUGACAUUAAACAGUCUGUUGUAAUUGCAAAGAGUGGCAAGGAAGGAGACCAGAAGUUCCUUGUUGGUUACUUCGUGGCUAGCUCGCCAUUGUCUCCGGGUGCAAUCCGGCGCUUUAUGCAAUCCCGGCUUCCUGGCUAUAUGAUACCUUCAAGUUUCAUUCCUAUCAGUUCUCUCCCAGUGACUCCCAGUGGAAAGCUGGAUACAAAGGCCUUACCUACAGCAGAGGAGAAAGGCGCAAUGAACGUGCUGGCUCCACGUAAUGAAAUCGAGAGCAUCCUGUGCGGUAUCUGGGCAGGGUUGUUAGAUAUAUCCGCCCAAACAAUUGGCAGCGACAGCGAUUUUUUCACCCUCGGAGGCGAUAGUUUGAAGAGUACAAAGCUCUCAUUCAAGAUUCACGAGGUAUUUGGCCGCACAAUCUCCGUCAGCGCUCUGUUCCGUCACCGAACCAUCGAGAGUCUGGCACACCUAAUUAUGAACAAUGUUGGAGACAUACAGGAGAUCACGCCUGUGGAUUAUGAUAACAGACGCAAAAUAGCCGUAUCUCCCGCUCAAGAGCGCCUUCUAUUCAUUCACGAGCUUGAAGGUGGAGGCAAUGCAUAUAAUAUCGAUGCUGCCUUUGAGCUACCUCCAUACAUUGAUCAAUCUCGAGUCGAAGAGGCAUUAUAUACCAUUCUUUCAAGACACGAAGCCUUACGAACAUUUCUGCUGCGGGACCAGGCAACUGGCACGUUCUACCAAAAGAUAUUGACUACCGAUGAGGCCAAGUGCAUGUUGAUCAUUGAGAAAAGUGCAGUGAGCACCAUUGAUCAAAUUGAUUCCAUAGUCGGACGCCUAUCGCAGCACAUUUUCCGUCUCGAUUCUGAGCUUCCCUGGUUGGCGCAUAUUGUCACGCACAAAACGGGCAAUCUUUAUCUGACCCUGUCCUUCCAUCACACUUGCUUCGAUGCAUGGUCAUUGAAGAUCUUCGAGCGGGAGCUCCGCGUUUUUUGCGCGUCAAACGAAAAAGGCGGCAACAUGCCAAUCCUACCAAUGCCUCAAGUCCAGUACAAGGAGUAUGCCGAGCACCAUCGUCGACGACUAGGUAAGAAUCAGAUUCAAAAAUUAUCCGACUUUUGGCUGCAAAGACUAGACGGCCUGGAGCCCCUACAGCUCCUACCGGAUUAUCCGCGGCCUGCCCAAUUCAACUACGAUGGAGGUGACCUCUCCGUCAUUCUGGACGGUGUGGUUCUGGAAACCCUCAGGGGCAUUGCAAAAGACCACGGAGUAACUCUGUACGCAGUGCUUCUCGCUGUUUACUGCCUGAUGCUUUCGACAUAUACACACCAGGUAGAUAUCGCUGUGGGAGUCCCCAUCAGUCACCGAACCCACCCCCUGUUCCAGUCUAUUGUCGGAUUCUUCGUCAAUAUGGUAGUUGUGAGGGUCGACGUGAAGGACUUUGCCGUUCACGAUCUCAUUCGAAGGGUAAUGAAAGCGCUUGUUGAUGCCCAGUUACAUCAGGACAUGCCAUUCCAAGACGUGACUAAACUGCUGCGGGUGGAUAACGACGCCAGCCGACAUCCCCUAGUUCAGACUGUGUUCAACUUUGAAAGUGACAUGGACAAAGAAUUCGAGACGACACCUUCAAUCCAAGACACUGCCACAAUCGCACCAUACCAGUCCGUUCAGAGGAUAAAGUCGGUUGCGAAAUUUGAUCUGAACGCGACAGCUACAGAGUCGGGCUCAGCCUUAAAGAUUAACUUUAACUAUGCCACCAGCCUGUUCCGGAAAGAAACGAUCCAGGGCUUCUUAGAGACAUACAGGCAUCUCCUGUUACAGCUCUCUUAUCUGGGGUCCCAGGGACUUAAAGAAGAUACAAAGCUACUGUUGGUCCGCCCUGAGGAGAUGAGUGGUCCGCAUCUGCCAUUAGCAGGAUUAUCCAAUGGUGCGGAAACCCUAGAAGCUAUAUCACUCAGUAGAGCAUUCGAGUUUGAAGCUUUCAGGGUACCGGAUAGAGCUGCCGUCGUACAGGGAGAUAAAUCACUCAGCUAUACCGAGCUCAAUAAACGGGCAAACCAGCUAGCCCGGUACAUACAAUCCGUGGCACACCUUAGGCCGGACGACAAGGUGCUCCUCAUUCUGGAUAAGAGCAUCGACAUGAUUAUUUGCAUCCUCGCAAUCUGGAAAACCGGUAGCGCAUAUGUGCCUUUGGAUCCAUCAUAUCCCAAGGAGCGUGUCCAGUGCAUUUCGGAGGUAGUUCAAGCAAAGAUUCUGAUUACAGAGUCACGGUACGCCUCUGCAUGGGGAAGCCAGACGUCAACAAUACUUGCAAUUGACUCGCCCAAGGUCUCGAAUAUGGUCAAUAAUCAGGCAACUCAUAACUUGCCCAACAUUGCGGGAAUAAAAAAUCUGGCAUAUAUAAUUUUCACAUCUGGCACCUCCGGCAAGCCAAAGGGUGUUCUGGUCGAACAAGGUGGAGUUCUUCACUUGCGUGAUGCGCUUAGGAAGCGGUACUUUGGCAUUGAAUGCAAUGAAUACCAUGCUGUGCUCUUCCUAUCCAAUUACGUGUUUGAUUUCUCUAUCGAGCAGUUGGUCUUAUCAAUUAUGAGCGGCCACAAGUUGAUCAUCCCGGAAGGAGAAUUCGUUGCGGAUGAUGAAUUCUACAUAACAGCCAACGGUCAACGCCUCUCAUAUUUGAGCGGUACACCAUCCCUGUUGCAGCAAAUUGACCUAGCACGCCUCAAUCAUCUACAGGUCGUAACUGCAGCUGGUGAGCAACUCCAUGCUGCGCAGUUUAAUAAGUUGCGCUCCGGAUUCCGCGGCCCGAUCUACAACGCAUAUGGAAUUACGGAGACCACGGUAUACAACAUAGUCAGCGAGUUCAGUGCGCAAUCCCAAUUCGAAAAUGCUCUGCGAGAGCUGCUACCAGGCACUAGGGCAUAUCUUCUUAACCACGCCACUCAGCCAGUUCCUAUGAACGCAGUCGGAGAGCUGUAUCUCGCUGGUGAUUGUGUGGCCCGUGGCUAUCUCAACCAGCCUGUUCUAACAGGUGACCGUUUUAUCCAGAAUCCAUUCCAAACAGAGCAAGAUAUUGCUUCCGGAAGCUAUCCUCGGCUCUAUAGAACUGGCGACCUGUUUCGAUGCCGGCUUGACCGUCAGCACCAGCCAUAUCUAGAAUAUCUUGGAAGAGCUGAUCUCCAGGUCAAGAUAAGAGGAUACCGUAUUGAGCCGUCAGAAGUUCAGAACGUGCUUGCUUCCUGUCCUGGCGUUCGAGAAUGUGCAGUAGUGGCCAAGUAUGAGAACACCGAUGCUUACUCCAGGAUAGCCAAAUUCCUGGUCGGAUAUUAUACCCCUGACACCGAGACGGUCUCCGAUUCAAGUAUCCUCGCCCACAUGAAAAGCAAGCUUCCCGCAUAUAUGGUCCCUAAAUAUCUAUGCCGUCUAGAAGGUGGACUUCCAGUGACAAUCAACGGGAAACUUGACGUUCGAAAGCUGCCUGAUAUCGGCAACCCUCAACAUCAAAUAUCGUACAACCCCCCAAGGGAUGUCCUGGAGGCCGACUUGUGUAGAUUAUGGGCAUCAGCACUAGGAACAGAGCGAUGCGGUAUUGAUGAUGAUCUGUUUAGGUUAGGCGGAGACAGUAUUACUGCUUUGCAUCUCGCAGCCCAAAUCCACCACCAGAUCGGCCGAAAGGUCACUGUUCGAGAUAUUUUCGACCACCCUACCAUUCGUGGUAUUCAUGACAACGUUAUGGUGAAACUCGUUCCACACAAUGUUCCUCAAUUCCAAGCAGAGCAGCAAACAGUACUCGGUGAUGCGCCUCUGCUACCGAUCCAAACUUGGUUCUUAUCAAAAUCGCUACAGCACCCAAGCCAUUGGAAUCACACCUUCUACCUACGGACCCCUGAGCUGGACGUGACUACUCUGAGCACAGCAGUCGCCGAAUUGCAGCUGUAUCAUGACGCCUUCAGAAUGCGGUUGAGGCAAAUAGAUGGAAGGACGGUGCAAUGCUUCGCAGAUGACAUUUCUCCAGUACAGCUCCGAGUGUUGAACGUCAAGGAUGUCGACGGAAGCGCGGCUAUUGACCAGCAACUCCAGAAAUAUCAGUCUGACUUCGACCUUGAGAAAGGCCCAAUCUGUGCUGCUGCCUACCUCCAUGGCUACGAGGAUCGAUCUGCACGAGUCUGGUUUUCUGUCCACCACAUCAUCAUUGAUAUAGUUAGCUGGCAGAUUCUUGCGCGCGACCUACAAAUCCUGUACGAGGGUGGAACUCUCGGUCGUAAGAGUAGCAGCGUCAGACAAUGGGCAGAGGCACUACAGAGCUACCAGGGGUCGGCAUCGGAGAGGGCCUACUGGGAAGGACUUCUUGCUCAAACGGCUGCCAACAUAUCCGCUUUGCCCCCAGUGACCGGGACCCGUACCCGGUUGGCUCGAACUUGGAGUGACGACAGGACGGUCAUUCUCCUGAAUGAAGCUUCUAAUCAGAAUGCAUCUAUACAAGACCUCUUACUCGCCGCUGUUGGAUUGGCACUUCAACAGGUCACCCCGGGUAGCCCGAGUAUGAUUACUCUCGAGGGCCAUGGGCGUGAGGAAAUUGUUGACCCGACAUUAGACCUCAGCCGUACCUUGGGUUGGUUCACCAGCAUGUAUCCCUUCGAGAUCCCUCCCCUGAAUGUUGAAACCCUUAGCCAGGGCAUAGCCAGCUUGCGAGAAUGCCUUAGGCAGGUGCCUGCACGGGGCAUCGGGUUUGGAUCACUCUACGGUUAUUGCAAACACCAAAUGCCUCAGGUUACGUUCAACUACCUGGGCCAGCUGACAAGCAAGCAAUCGAUAACUGAUCAGUGGGCCCUCGCUGUUGGUGACGGAGAGAUGCAAUAUGGGCUUACAACAAGUCCUGCGGACAGAGACCAAAGCUCGUUCGCGGUUGAUAUCACCGCCAGCUGUGUAAAUGGUGCCCUGUCAGUCGAAAUGAAUAGUGCCUGGAGCCUUGAAAAAAGCAUGCGAUUCAUAUCCAGGAUUGAGGAAGUAUUGAAUAUGAUUCUUAGCGGGACCCUAGCUCAGCAGGCGACUCCAGUGCUUACGCCACAGGUAUUCAACGAGGAGAUGUACACACCAUAUUUUGAAUUUUCCAAAACCCCACGACGCGGACCGAUCUUGUUCCUAUUGCCGCCAGGGGAGGGAGGGGCAGAAAGCUACUUUAACAAUAUCGUCAAGCACUUGCCCACGACUAAUAUGGUCGUCUUUAACAAUUACUACCUUCACUCCAAGAGUCUGAACACGUUUGAAAAGCUAGCUGAGAUGUAUUUGGGGCACAUCCGUCAGAUCCAGCCAGACGGGCCUUACCAUUUCAUCGGAUGGAGUUUUGGAGGAACAAUCGCGAUGGAAAUAUCGCGACAGCUCGUGGGGCUAGGUUCAACGAUUGGUCUUUUAGGUAUCAUUGACACGUAUUUCAACGUGCCUGGAGCAACGCGGGCAAUUGGCCUCGGUGAUACUGAGGUCUUGGAUCCCAUUCAUCAUAUAUCCCAACCAGAACCAGCCGAUUUCCAGUGCCUCCCAGCCAGCACAGACUACAUCAUUUUAUUCAAAGCUACUAGGGUGAACGACAAGUUUCAGUCUGAAAACCAGAGGCGUCUGUACGAGUACUACGACAAAACAUUGCUUAAUGAUCUCGACUGGUUACUCCCUGGUGCUUCAAACAUUCAUCUAGUCCGCCUUGAGGAGGAUACUCACUUCUCCUGGGCGACCAAUCCACGCCAAAUCGCCCACGUUUGUUCAACAAUCGAGAAAUUUCUCGCCAGAUAUUAG